AAGAAUAAAGUUGACAUAUUAGAAUAAAGUCAUAAUAUGAUGAGAAUAAAGUCACAACAAUGCAAGAAUAAUGUCAGAAUACUACAAGAAUAAAUAUGAGAAAAAAAGUUGCACAAGAAUAAAGUAGAAAUAAUACAAAAAUAAAGUCAUUAUUAUGAGGUAAUAUUAGGACUUUAUUCUUAUGAUUUAAAAAAAAAAUUAUUUUCUUAAUGUGGCCCUAAUACUAGGUUGUAAAAAUUAACUGCAUAGAAUCUUCUCAUUCUGCAUUGGCCAUAUAAUCUUCCAAUUUAUCAAACAAUCUACUUACCUUCAAAAUUAGCUAAUUAAUUAAGUAACUAAGUAACAUUUUCAGUGCUGUGAUUGGCUGCUGAAUAAAAUGUGGAAACAGUGAAGCGGUGUGAAUUGUUUCCAGGGUGUUUUAACCCUUCACUGGUGCAGAGAAGCAGCAGCUGAUGCUAUUAAUCUUUAACAUCUUCAGAGAAAACAUCCCCAGUGUCAUGUGAGGAGCUGCACUUUACUCUCAUCAGGAGGAAACCUCAACAGAAACACGACUUCGCCCACAGAGGAUUGAGGAACGAGGUGAAGCUCCUCAUGGAGCCAAAUGAUGCUAAACUCUAGCAGAUUCUUCUGGUUUAAACUUUAAUUUUAAGUUGUGGUAAUGACUUUUCGUUCUACUUGAAGACAGAAGAACCAGAAGCAGGUCUGAACGAUGUGGUUGAUUUUCACGGCUCUUCUGGCCGCCUCGUUAAACCCACAGAGCCAAGCUUCGGUGACUUUUGCUUCCACCUGCAGGGUCAAAGGUCAACCAGAGGAAGAGCUGAUUUUACACUGCGGUGAUGGAGAACAUGAAGGUGUGGUCCAGUUCUGGCACACACCGUUCGGUGACCUCCAGAGCUCUGGUUCCCAGUCCAAACUGGACCCGGUGUUUAUGCACCACGAUGGGAACCUCGUUAUCCCAAACUCCAGCAUCCACCAUGGUGGGCUGUACUACUGCAUCCUGCGGCACACGGAGGGAUCCAUGCUGUGGCCCUUUGAGCUUCAUGUGGACCAAAACAUGGUGGCUGAGGCUGAGGACGGGCGCAGUGGCGGCGGCUGUGCUACACGCCGGUUCAGGAGGAACGCAGCUUCUACAGGCGAGAGGGAAGCUGUGUUUUCAGAAGGGAUUUUUGCAGGAGCCGUGGCUGCAUCGGUGCUGCUGACGUUUGUGGUGGGAUUCAGCGCUGGAGCUCUGUCACGGACUCCUGUUCUCAGGUGUUUAAAGUCACUAGCUCCGAAGAAGAGAAGGCCUCAACCUGAUGUACCAGACGGCUCUCGGGUAACCAUGACAACCCUGCCACCCAUGUACGACAACCAGGCCUACCGGACGGGAGCGAUGCCCCAUGACUCUCGAUUCUGGCAAACCACGGAGACACCAACUCCGCUUACAACCCCGUCUCCACCCGCCAAACCCAUGCGGAGCUUUCGGCUCAAAGUAGAAGAAAAAGAAGAACCGGAAGGAACUGCUUAUUUGGAAGGAUGUGAUUCCAACCGGGCGGAGGAGGAAACCGGAAGCGGAGAGGAUGGUGAGGCACAGGAGGAGGAAGAUAGCGGCCAGUCAGAUGAAAAUGAAGACGAAGAAGGGAGUGAAACAGAGGACAGAGAGGAAGAGGAAGAUGGAGAAGCGAGCGCAUUAGAGGAGGAGGUAAAAGAAGAAGAAAAACAAAAAACAGACGAGAGUGAAGAGUUGGAGCAGGAAUCCUCAGGAACAGACGAGGAGAGGAGCGUCAAAGCGGAAGCUGAGCCCAGAGGAGAAGAUCCGCCGUCCGGUUCUCACCGGCGCCGCAGCCGCGUUAUCCGCCUGUACCAAUACGACGAGGACGGCCAGCGAUACGGCCACCUCCCGGACCCGGAGGCUCCGGAAGCGGCACCCAGGCCCAGGCAGCGCUCCCGGUCUCUGACCCGCCUGAACGCCAUCAUGGCGGCGGCCGCCACGGGGCCGAUGGAGCGGACGGAGCCAGAAGAUGAGAAGCAUCACUUCCACAUGGACAUUUAAGACUCGUGUUUUUCUAUUUAAAUCAUUAUCACGCUAUUUUUUUUUACAACACUGACAUACAAAAAGAAAAACAAACAAACUMCCCUUAUUAGUACAUGCGCAAAUUAGCUGAUGGUACGGAUUAUACUUCCGGAACAGGUCGUGCAUGUUAAGUUUGAGGCCUAAACCACACAUAGCCAAAUUUAUAUAUUAGUAUGUUUUGGUUUUUCACUCACAAAAAAUCUCAGCUUAAUAUCACAACUAUUAUUUAUGAAAAAAGAUCAGAAUAAAAUCGAGAUUGAGAAAACUUUAGUGUGUUCAUGGGAAAACGGAACUUUGGGUCCCGCACAAUAUAAUUACUAUAAAUAACCGGCCAAUAUGCCACAUAAUCGCUUUAACAUGAUGAUCAAUCAUAUGAUGGCCUAUCAGGACUACUGUAGAUAGACAGGACAUUUCUGCUGAGAAAUUGACUUUUAGAACAGAAAAUUUCAGUUUGUAAAGUCAAAUUUUCUAUAAGAAAUUAAAAUUUAUUUCAGGAAUGUUUAAGAAAAGUAAGAGUUUUAAAAUGUGAGAAUAUUAAAAGUUUUUGGUUUGUUAAAAGCAGAUUAAUAUCAGGAUUACCAUCUAAUUUUCUCUUCAGAUUCAGGCUUCUGACUACAGCUACUGAAAGUAUUCACAGUAAAUAUAUUUAUACCUGCUUUUAAACAUAAUUCUACUCCGUAAACACUUUAACCUAAAUGAUUAAAUGAAAUGAAAUAUAGAAAGUAUUAGGACAUUUCUGGUUGUUUGUUUAAUAAUGAAAGUCAGGCCUCAAACAUUCAGCAACUUGGGUACCCAGUUAUUAAAUUUAGCUAAAAAAGAAAUGCAUUUUAGAAGUUUUUGUUUAUAUGAAAAAAAUGUCCUAGACCCAGAAAUAAACACCCAUAAAGUUAGGAAAAUUUACACCCUCUUUUUAAUCAACAAACAUCCAAGACCCCUUUCAGAAACUACAAUAAAUUAUUUUUGUUCUAAAAAACGUAUUGCAUGUUUAAAUCACAAGUGAAAUAUUUACAGUAAAAUUUAGCAUUUUUUUUAAUUGGCUAAAAGCUUCAACUUGGUGAUUUUGGCUCACAGAGCAAAAAGUUUGGACACCGUGAUCUAAAAGCUUAAAAUAAAGGAUUUAUAGAUCACAUAAUAAAGUUGUUUAGAUAUAAUUUAAAGACCAAUGACUAAACUACAUUUCCUUAAGGAGUAUUCUAGUUUAAAAUGCAGUUUUCUAUUAAAUCUUGUCUAACUGAAGAAUGUAAAAUUAUAGUUUGUUCUUUGGUUUCAAAUGUAUAAAAAGCGAAAUGAGAUGUUUUUCAGAUUGGUGUGCUGCACACGCACUAAUCUGACAACACGCUCGGUUGUAAUAAACCUUCAUGUUUCAUCAUUUA